UUCACAUGUGACCGACAAACAAAUAUAAAAUAUAUUAUCUGACAAAGUUGACUUGACGGAAAUGAAGAAGACCUGAAUUUGUAGGCAUUUCAUCAGAUACAAAACAAACAUAAAAAUAAAGCUUUUAUUCAAGAGUUAUAUUUAAAUAUUUUUAUAUAUGGUUUAUAACACAAAAUAUGGGGGUGACAUCUUACGGUGUUAAAAAAAAUCGCAAUUUCAUUGACAAAGUAAAUAGUUUGUAGCAGCCAUUUUGUUUUUGUUUUUUCUGUUGACGCUAGAUGCUAACGGAACUGCUUCAGGAGAAUAAAAUGAUCAGAAUAUUUCAAAUAAUUGCAUUAGAUUUUAAUAAAUGUCUUGUGGCCCUACAAAAAGCAUAUGGACACAACUUCGAAACCUUUAUAAACUUUUAAAUAAAUAAAUAAAAACACUUUACUCCAAAAAAACAUGGUUAAUUUUUUAAGCGAAGCUUGAUGUCAGUCAGUAAAUUUAUAUUAAAACCGCUGUUGUUCAUAGUAUGUCCACAACGGGGCGCCAUAUAACAAUCGGUGAAGAUGUCGUUACUAUCUGAUGACAGGUGUGAUUCAUUCGAGCGAAUCGUUCGCGCGGCUAACUAAAAGAACCGAUUCGAAGAACCGAUUCAUUUGAACGAACUAUUACUAUAAACAGAGUAAUUUUCGCUCAAAAUAGUUAGCUGGCGAUGCGUGGAGCUUAACCGUUUCUAGUGUCUCAGAAUCGCUCUGCCCAAACCAUAAUAAUAAUUAAUUCGGAGAUAAAAAAUCCAACACCGCGCUUACCGGCUUCAGAAAACAUACCUAAACCACAACGCCCUAAAACCAACCGGAGCAGUAAAUACCUCUACCCUAUGCAUUAUGCAUUAUGAACGAGCAUCUUGUGUCGUAACGUGUUGUGAGGACUACGUAGUGCGCACACUUCCUCAUCACGGGUGUGGAAACACCUUCAACACGUCCACACUCAUCCACACGCGCGAGAGGAAGAGAGAGAGAGAGAGAGAGAGGGAGAGAGAGAGAGGGAGAAAGGGGGCGGCGAAUCGCGUAUUUUCUUUCUUUGCGUCCUCUCCUCUCUCUGAAUCUCUGGUUUUCCUCCUAACAUGGCUGCGCUCUCAGCCUGGUUCUGGAACGAGCGCUUCUGGCUUCCGCACAAUGUCACUUGGGCGGAUCUGGCCGACCCAGCGCCCGGGGUGGAGUACCCCAAAGCCGGCCACUUGCUCUCCGCGCUGCCGCUGGCCUUGGGGAUCUUCGCGGUGCGGAUCGUCUUCGAGAGGUGUAUCGCGGGUCCAUGUGCCUCCAUCCUUCAGAUCCAGACAGAGUUGAGUCGGAGAGCUCAGCCCAACGCCGUCCUGGAGAAAGUGUUUACAUCCAUCACAAAGUGUCCAGACUCGAGGCACUUAGAGGGUCUUUCUAAGCAGCUGGACUGGGAUGUGAGGAAGGUCCAGAGAUGGUUUCGACACCGGCGGAACCAGGACAAACCCAGCACAAGAACCAAGUUCUGCGAAAGCAUGUGGAGGUUUACAUUCUACCUGUGUAUAUUUACGUAUGGGAUCCGUUUCCUGUGGCAGUCGCCCUGGAUGUGGGAUACAAGACACUGCUGGUACAAUUACCCUUAUCAGGUGCUGACCUCAGGCCUGUAUUAUUAUUAUAUAACAGAACUGGCCUUCUACUGGUCGCUCAUGUUCUCACAGUUCACGGACAUCAAAAGAAAGGAUUUCCUCAUCAUGUUCGUGCAUCACCUGGCCACCGUCAGCCUGAUCAGUUUCUCGUAUGUAAAUAACAUGCUGCGCGUGGGCAGCCUGGUCAUGUGUGUUCACGACGCCUCGGACUUCCUGCUGGAGGCCGUAAAGUUAGCAAACUACGCCAAAUACCAGCGUUUAUGUGACUUCUUGUUCGUGGUGUUCGGGAUGAUCUUCUUUGGGACGAGACUGAUCAUUUACCCCUUCUGGAUCCUGAACACGACGCUCUUCGAGAGCUGGGACAUCAUUGGGCCGUACCCGUCCUGGUGGCUCUUCAACGUUCUGCUGCUGGUCCUGCAGGUUCUGCACAUCAUCUGGUCCUACCUCAUCGCCCGCAUCGCCUUCAAAGCCAUCAUGAGAGGAAAGGUGUCCAAAGAUGAUCGCAGCGAUAUCGAAAGCAGCUCGGAGGAAGAAACCGACACGACACCCAAAGAGCGUCUCAAGGCGGCUUCAUCCCGAGGAGAAAACGGCACCAACGGCCAUUUUGGCUCCAAACCUUGGAGCCAGAACCACAACAACUGGUGACGCUCCCUUCCGCUUUGGCCUUGCGCACAAAGAACUCGUGUCCCAGAAAUAUCGCGACGGGACCACGUACCUCACUCCAACACCAAAAACAGCGAAACACCAACGAAAUCGCCCCGCUGUGGGACUUUCGACACUCGACGGCGGAGUUUGGGGCGUCAUUCCGGUGACGAUGGGACAGUAAUGACAAUAUGGCCACUACGAGAAGCUUGUGAAAGAGAAAACGAUUAAAUUAGUGAUAUUUGCAUUCCCUCGUUUCCUUGUCUCGGGAGCUGAGAAGACGUUUCUUCUCUGCGCUUCACAUUUUUACUGAAGUCAGGGAAGAAGAUCCUCUUCAGAUUUUAAUGGUCAGAUGUACUUGAGUUUCGUUAUUGCGGUUGCUUUUCUUUUCGUUCUCGUUGUUUGUUUUUGGUUACUGAUGUGUUUGUAAUUUGUUUCCUGUGCUGUUUUUUCAUUCCACCUUUUUUAUUUUUGGAGACCAAAUAAGGUUAUUAAAAUGAAAGCUGGGCCUUUGUCUUGUAAUGAGAUGCUUUUUGAUUGAGAUCGGGGUAGAUUCAAUUAAAUAAUGGUGUGGCGAAAUAAAACA